AUGGGCAAACGAAAAUCCAAACGAAAGCCUCCCCCAAAGCAAAAGCGUAUUGAAGCAUUGGCUGCUACAUUUCCAUGUCCAUUCUGUUCACAUGAUCGAUCAUGUGAAGUGAAAAUUGAUCGAAAAGCUAAUGUUGGAACGAUUGAAUGUCGUAUGUGUCGUGAAGCAUAUUCAACAUCGGUUCAUUAUUUGAGCGAAGCUGUAGAUGUUUACAAUGCCUGGAUUGAUGCUUGUGAGGAACAAAAUCGGGACUGA